AUGUCUAACGACCAAGUACAAGAUGGCUCCGAGGCAUCAUCUUUCAUAGAAACCAAUGAAAAAUGGAAUCACCCGCGCUCCAACAUUCUCAAGACUCUGGCCACAUUCUGGAGCUUCCUUGUGAUGGGCGCAAAUGACUCCGCAUACGGCCUCGAAACAUACUACAAUGUCUCAUAUACAAUCGUCUCGCUGUUAUUCUUAUCCCCCGCUGUCGGAUACAUCACUGCGGCGAUUGUCAACGAGCGAGCCCACUGUGCUAUAGGACGUCGGGGCGUGGCAUUUGUGUCAUCUGCCUGUCAUGUCAUAGCAUACAUCCUGAACUGCAUUCACCCACCAUAUCCGGUCCUGGUCGUUGCUUUCAUCUUUGCAGGCCUUGGAAAUGGACUUGCAGACUCGGCAUGGAAUGCUUGGAUCGGUAAUUUGGACAACGCUAACCAGUUACUUGGCUUGCUCCAUGGCGUCUAUGGAAUAGGAGCAGUGAUCAGUCCUUUGAUUGCAUCGUUUUUGGUGGCUGAUGCUGGAUAUCCUUGGUACUACUUCUACUACAUCAUGAUUGGUGCCGCGGUGAUCGAAUUCUUUUCCACUGUGACAUGCUUCUGGGAUUCUGAUGGUACUUCGUUCCAAGAAUCCAGAAAGCAGGAGCCAGGCCACAUCCCUGAUACUGGCGGCUUGCGCAAGAUACUCUUCACCAUGCCUUCUGCGAGGAUCACUUGGAUCUGCGCCAUUUUCCUUCUAGGGUACGUUGGUAUAGAAGUGGCUGUUGGAGGAUGGAUCGUGUCAUUCAUGAAAGAGGUGAGGCAUGCCGCGCCCUUCGACGCCAGUAUGACUUCUACUGGAUUUUGGCUGGGCAUUGCGGUUGGACGAAUUGUGCUUGGAUUCGUGACCCCAAUGAUUGGGGAGAAAUUAGCGAUCUCGGUCUAUAUUGCACUUGAGAUUGUGUUUUGUAUCAUACUCUACUUGGUGCCCAGCUUCUAUGCCGCGGCAGUUGCUGUAUCUCUUCAGGGCUUCUUUUUGGGACCCUUGUUCCCGGGAGUCGUUGUUGUCACCACAAAGCUCCUUCCGAAGCACCUGCAUGUCAGUGCUAUUGGUUUUGCUGCUGCAUUCGGCGGUGCUGGUGCUGCGGUACUUCCGUUCAUUGUUGGUGUUCUCGCGGAAGCCAAGGGUGUCCAAGUUCUGAUGCCCUUCAUCAUCGCUCUCUCGGGCGCUAUAUUGAUACUCUGGAACUUCCUUCCCAGGAUGCGGAGUCCCCCCAAAACGCAAGCGAGUCGUCCGGCUGCUGUGAGUGGCUAUGGGGCUUGCUAG